GUGUAAACUUCCACCCGGAGGGCCCCUAGCUGUGCGUACUGGGUUUUUCAGCCACCGCGGGAAUCGGCUGUGAUUUCAAAGACAGGUUCCAGCCUCCCUGUCUCACCUGGUCAUAUGUGUGAGGUCGGAGCUGAUGUGGCCCUGGAGGGGACUUCUCCGUCUCUCUGUGCUCUAAGAAAGGCCUGAAGAAGGUCUCAUGAUUUCCUUCUUCCCCAGUCCUGCCAUUCUCCCCCAAGAAGUAUCCUGAGCAGGAGGGGGAAAUUGUUGUUGCACAUCUAAAAGUACAGAUCAGUCCUGGCUUCUCUGGACUCUGUGCUUUUCGAGUGGAGGAAGCCCAAAGAGGAGAACCAGUUCUUGCGGUUCUACAACCAUGGCCCAUAUGUCCUUGUCAUUCAAGGACGUGGCCAUAGACCUCUCCCAGGAGGAAUGGGAGUGCCUGGACCCUGUUCAGAGGGCCUUGUACAGGGAUGUGAUGUUGGAGAACUACAGCAACUUGGUCUCAUUGGGAUGUUCCUCUCCUAAGCCAGACGUGAUUACUUUAUUGGAGCAAGAGAAAGAGCCCUGGACGGUAAUGAGAGAAGGAACAAGAAGCUGGUACACAGAUUUGGAGUCUAAGUAUGUCACCAAGAAGUUAUUUCCAGAAAAGGACAUUUGUGAAAUAUAUCUGUUUCAGUUGCAGAGAGUGGACAAAAGUAAAACUUACAUCCAUGAGGAUACCAUUUUCAGAAAUGAUUUGCAGUGUAAACAUGAGUUUGAGAGACAAGAAGGACAUCAAAUGAGAUGUGCUAGUCAAAUGAUAAUCCAAAAACAUAUACCUCUUCUUCUGCAUCAGAAAAUUCAUGCUAGAGAGAAAUCAUAUGAAUGUAAGGAAUGUAAGAAGGCUUUUAGACAACAGUCAUACCUUAUUCAACAUCUGAGAAUUCAUACUGGUGAGAGACCCUAUAAAUGUAAGGAAUGUGGGAAAGCCUUUUGUCGUGUAGGGGACCUUAGAGUACAUCAGACAAUUCAUGGCGGGGAGAGACCCUAUGAAUGUAACAAUUGUGGAAAGACCUUUAGGCUUCAUUAUCAUCUUACUGAACAUCAGAGAAUACAUUCUGGUGUGAAACCCUAUGAGUGUAAUGAAUGUGGGAAGGCCUUUAGUCGUGUUCGAGACCUUAGAGUACAUCAGACAAUUCAUGCUGGGGAGAGACCUUAUGAAUGUAAAGAAUGUGGGAAGGCCUUUAGACUUCACUAUCAGCUCACUGAACAUCAAAGAAUUCAUACUGGUGAGAGGCCUUAUGAAUGUAAGAUUUGUGGAAAGACCUUUAGGGUACAACGACAUAUUAGUCAACAUCAGAAAAUUCAUACUGGUGUAAAACCCUAUAAAUGUAAUGACUGUGGGAAGGCCUUCAGUCAUGGCUCAUACCUAGUUCAACAUCAGAAAAUUCAUACUGGUGACAAACCCUAUGUAUGUAAAGAAUGUGGUAAGUCCUUUAGUUUUCAUGCAGAACUUACUCGACAUCAUAGAAUUCAUACUGGUGAGAAACCCUAUGAAUGUAAAGAAUGUGGAAAAGCCUUUCGUCUCCAAACAGAACUUACUAGGCAUUGUAGAAUUCAUACUGGAGAGAAACCCUAUGAAUGUAAGGAAUGUGGGAAGGCUUUUAUUUGUGGCUAUCAACUUACUUUACAUCUGAGGGUUCAUACUGGUGAGAUUCCCUAUGAAUGUAAGGAAUGUGGGAAAACCUUCAGUAGUCGCUAUCAUCUUACUCAACAUUACAGAAUUCAUACUGGUGAGAAACCCUAUGGAUGUAAAGAAUGUGGGAAGGCCUUUCGUCUUCAAGCAGAACUUACCAGACAUCACAGAAUUCAUACUUGUGAAAAACCCUAUGAAUGUAAGGAAUGUGGGAAGGCCUUUAUUCGUAGCAAUCAACUUAUUUCACACCAGCGAAUUCACACCAAUGAGAACACCUAUGAGUGCAAGGAAUGUGGGAAGAUUUUUAGUCGUCGCUACAAUCUUACUCAACAUUAUAAAAUUCAUACUGGUGAAAAACCCUAUGUAUGUAAAGAAUGUGGAAAGGCCUUUCGCUUUCAGACAGAACUUACUCAGCAUCACAGAAUUCAUACUGGUGAAAAACCCUAUAAAUGUAAGGAAUGUGGGAAAGCCUUUAUUCGUAGCAAUCAUCUUACUCAACAUCACAGAAUUCAUACUGGUGAGAAACCCUACGAAUGUAAAGAAUGUGGAAAGACCUUUAGUCGGCACUAUCAUCUUACUCAACAUCACAGAAUCCACACUGGGAGAAACCCUAUAAAUGUAAAGAAUGUGGGAAGGCCUUUAGUGUUAAGUCAGAACUUACACGACAUCACAGAAUUCAUACUGGUGAGAAACCCUAUAAAUGUAAAGAAUGUGGGAAAGCCUUUAUUCGUAGUGAUCAACUCACUUUACAUCAGAGAAAUCAUAUUAGUGAGGAACCCCCAUUCAUAAU